GCCACACCUGCCGUGAUCCGAUUAGCUGACUUCAUCAACGCAACAGCUUUAGUGGUCAGAGGCGGGGCCAUGGUGUUUGAGUGGCAGGUGUCUCUCCCAGAAUUCACCACUCACAGUCACACAGACAGGAACACCAGUGUGAGCUCCUUCAUCUCCAGGCAGUUGUUCCAGGGAUGUAUAACAUUACCGUGACAACCUACUGUCCCCUGGGCCACACCUCAGUCAGCCGACACCUAGAGGUCAGGGUUCAUGGCCCCGUGGGUCAAGUUCAGGUCCAGUACCCAUUUGGGUCGGAUAGGGCAGCGCUCCACCUGCAGGCUGUUGGGACCUACGCCACGUCCCUCCUCCUGUUCAGAGGACACUCCUUCUCCCACAGCGCCCAUUUUGUUUUUGACUUCGGAGACGGGUUGCCAACUUCAUAUGUGAACGGUGUCUCUCAUUCGCUGGGAAAGACUGCAUCCACCUAUCACCAGUUCACUAAAGAGGGAGUGUUCCAGAUCAGAGUGUGGGCCUAUAAUGAGUUCUACAGAAGUAUGGCUACGGAACGUGUGUUCUAUGUAGAGAAGGUUCCAGCGGGUCUAGACCUCUCUGCCCACUCAAGUGUGGUUCAUAAGAACCAGGUGGUUCUCUUUGAGGCUCUGUUAGAACAGGGAACUAACGUCUCAUACACCUGGAGUAUGGGAGACCAGACCACCUAUGUCAAUGCAGGUGCUGUAGUGUCCCACAGGUUCCUGUCUCUGGGUGCGUUUGAGGUGUGUGUGUUGGCUGAGAACAAAGUGGGGAGUGUGAGCCACUGUGUCCCCGUCUCUGUGCUGCACCGGAUGCAAUCUGUGAGUAUCCACACGGAGAAGCAGGCGUAUGCCACAAACACUGAUAUAACAUUCCUGGCCCGGACAGAAGAACCGGACCCUGUGGAAUUCCUCUGGCACUUUGGAGAUUCCCGACCACUUCGGACCACGUCACGCUCCUUAAAAAAGACAUACCACACACCUGACAGGUACAGUGUGGUGGUGGUAGCCUCCAACGGGCUGAGCUCCUUCACCUCCGAGGUGCAUCCUGUCCUGGUCCAGAGAGCUGUGCGUCCUAACAGAUUGCUCCUCCAGCCAUCUGUGGUUCUGAACCACACCGCCAGCUUCACCUGUAGGGUCAACUCUGGAACCAACCUUUCCUACACCUGGAGCUUUGGAGACGGAACCUCCAGGACGGGAGGGAACACAGAACAGCAUGUAUUCCACAGGACAGGAGAGUUCACGGUUGAGGUGACCGUGUCUAACCUGGUCAGCUCUGCCUCCCUGACCGCACAGAUGUUUGUGGUCGACCGCCCCUGUAAACCUCCAGCUGUUAAAAACAUGGGACCGCUCAAGAUACAGGCACGGAGGUAUGAGCCAGUGGGUCUGGGGGUGACGUACGAGGCAGAGGUCCAGUGUGAUGUGUUCCAGGGUCUGGAGUACAACUGGUCUUUGUAUAACUCUACAGGUCUGCCUAUACCUCUACCUCCUGUUCACACAGACAGACAGAGCAUCAUCCUACCCAGCCACUUCCUACACUAUGGUAUCUACACCGCUAUAGCCAAGGUCCAGAUCGUUGGCAGUGUGGUGUACAGUAAUUACAGUGUAUGUGUGGAGGUGGUGCCCAGUCCUCUGGUCUCCUUCAUCCAUGGAGGCACCAACGUGUUCCUCAGCAGCAGAAACAGCAGCAUUAUCUCCCUAAACGGACAACUCUCCUAUGACCCCGACUACCCCAUGAACCACCUCAGCUAUAGCUGGACCUGUAAGCCAAUCAGUGCCAUCGACAGCUCCUGUUUCGACCAAUAUGUGCCCACCUCCUUCUCUGUGAUCGUGUUUCCAGUGGGGUUCCUGAAACGGGACUUUGACCAGUUCAGGUUCAUGCUCACGGUCCAGAGUGGAGAACGCUCAUCUACAGCUGACACCUUCAUCACGGUCACACCCAGUCUGCUCAGGAGAGUGUCAGUGUAUUGUUACCAGUGCCAGGGGGACGUAGUGAACUGGGACCAGUCGUUCUCAGUCAGAGCAGUGUGUGAUAGUUGUGGCCCCUCCCCCAGAACCAUCAGCUACACCUGGACUCUCUACCUGGUCGACUCCUCCAGUAAGGUGGACACAGACGUCCCCUUCUGCCACAGUGUGGAUCUGAGUAUUCCCUCCAACAUCAUUAGUGGCCCUACCUUUCCCCUGCCUCCAGCCCUGACUCUCACCCCUCCAUCAUCACCCCCGCACACACCCUCAACCACAGCCAGCGUGAUGUCCUCAUCCACAGAGAUAUCCUCAAAUAUGACAUCAAUCCCAGCCAGCUUGGUGACCGGUCUGAUGUCAUCAAACGUAACCAGCCAUACUGAGAUACAAUCUACGACCCCCACAACUCCAGACCCAGUCUCCCUGCCUCCCUUCACCCCGUUGCCCCCCUUCCCCCUCUCUUCUCCAUCACCUGGUGGUCGCCCCCGGAAACAGAGGUCACAGGGUUCAGUAGAACUUCAGGGAAUCAAUAGCGCAGCUGGGAACAACCAAACACCAAACUACAGCCCUCCAUUUCUCUCUUUACCAAACCACGGUGUUUUGGCCAACCCUUCACCAAACUCCUCCCCCGAGCCAAUCUCUGCUCCAAUCAGCUUCACUCCUGAUACACCUGAGCCAGACUUGGGAGGGUUUGACCCCAGUGGGCCCCCUUACCUCAUCUCAGAAUCCCCUGUAGUUACCUUAGACGAUGGCAGCAUCCUUUACUCUGCCCCCCUCGGCCAGAGUGACAUCAUCGAGGAAUUCCCCAUCGAUCCCGAUUUUCCCAAUGACUACGACUUCCCUUUCCCCGUCCUGGAGAGUGGAGAUGUGAGUGGACGUCCUGUUGAGGGCUCCUUUCCUGGACAGUCAGUCAGUGGUGGAGCGUUAGGACCCUUCCCCGGAUCAGUUCCCUCCACAGCAGAGACAAGCUGGGACCCCAAUGGAACACUAGAACCAUCAGGCAAUCAGACAGGCACAUAUAACUUCACUGAUUAUAAUGUUCCCUUCCUGGGGAUAGAGGAGGGAGACCCGGGAGCGUCAGUGGGCAGACCAACAGGUGUGGGUGGUGGGAGCUCCGAGAGCUCAGAGGGUGACUCUGCUCCUGCUGUCCCAGGAUCAGCUGAGGAUGAGGGGAGUAACCUGAUGGACUCCAGCCCCUCCCUGGUGGUCCUUGACCCCACACUACUAGACCUGCCCAGAGAACUGUUAGAACAGGAGCUGUUUGAGUCCUACACAUACACAGGAAUCUCCUCUGCUCUCAUCACGUUCAGACCUUUCACUCUGCGAGCAGGAAGCAGAUACAUGUUGGAGGUCACAGCUAACUCCCACGAUGCAGUACUGGGGCGGACUCAGCUGUUCCUGUCCACUAGCCCCAGCCCCCAAGGGAUAACCUGUCAGGUGCAGCCUAGCAGUGGCUUCGAGAUACACACACACUUCAGCAUCUUCUGCACCUCUGGGAAAGAGGACCUGCUGUAUGAGUACAGUUUCAGUAUAGGAAACAGCCCUCCUAAGACCCUGUACCAAGGAAGAGACUUUCAGUACUUCUUCAACCUGCCAUCUGGAGACCCUCAGGAUGACUAUAAAGGCAUAUUACAACUCUUUUCUGCAGUCAAAUGACCUAGUGACCUCAUAGGUGGAAUGUUAUUCAUAUUUUUCAUAAUUAAUAAACAUGAUUUGAAAAAGGUGCCAAAAAUACAGUGUUUAUAUGUCAGAUGGUUUUGUUGUAUUUAAGU